AUGCUUCUGCCCAGAGGGGAUGACUUUGUUCAGUUCAAAGUCUAACAUCUGUGUUGCCUCCUGUUGCACUGGACCUGAUGGCCAACCUAAACAGCCUGGAGAGACUUGGCAGAGUGGAUGUCAGCAGUGUAAUUGUGAUGAGGAUGGUGUUCAGUGUGAGCCUCGUACAUGUCCCACUCAAAAACCUGUUACCUGUACUGAGGAAGGUGAGGUGCUGGUGAACCGCACAGUGGACUGCUGUGAGACACUGACAUGUGAAUGUAAUAAG